CUCUCGCGUUAUUUCAGUGGUGGGUGGUGAGACAGCAUGGCAGCGGCGGCGUUGAGGCAUUGUUGGAGAGGACUUUCGCAGAGCUCGGGCAAUGGCGCUGUCAUCACUGUCAGGUCGAAGAUUCUCGAGGGAGUUCGACAGAAAUCUACAAUACAGUACAUAUCACGGCCAGAUCAUCCAAAGCUGGCCUAUCGGAGAGUGAAGGGAAAGAGUCCUGGUGUGGUGUUCCUGCCUGGAUAUGGAUCUAACAUGAGCGGACAGAAGGCAGAGGCCCUGGAGGAGUUCUGCAGGUCAUUAGGUCAUGCCUACCUGAGGUUUGAUUACUCUGGUCAUGGAGCUUCUGAGGGUGUAUUUUCAGAAGGCACCAUUGGAACAUGGAAAAAAGACGUCCUGUAUAUGUUAGAUGAACUCGCUGAAGGUCCCCAGAUUCUCGUGGGCUCCAGUAUGGGCGGCUGGUUGAUGCUUUUAGCUGCUAUAGCUCGCCCAGAGAAGACAAAAGCCUUGGUGGGCAUUUCCACAGCAGCAGAUCAUUUCGUUACAGCAUUCAAGACACUUCCUAUAGAGGUGAGAAAAGAGUGUGAGGACAAGGGUGUAUGGACAAUCCCCACGAAAAGUAACGAGGAGGGCAUGUACACUGUGAGUAUGGACUUCCUGCGUGAGGCGGAAAACCACUGCAUCCUACAGAGCCCCAUCCCCAUCACCUGCCCCGUACGUCUCAUUCACGGCCUGAAAGACGAGGACGUGCCUUGGCACAUCUCCAUGCAAGUGGCCGAGCGUGUGCUGAGCCCCGACGUGGACAUCAUUCUGCGGCGCCACGGCCAGCACCGCAUGGCUGAAAAAGAUGACAUCAAGCUCAUUGUCUACACCAUCGAUGACCUCAUAGACAAGCUUACCACCAUGGUGUGAAACACCGUUUGGGAUGGGGUUACCGAGCAACCUGCCUUAAGACCCUCUCCCACUUUCUAUGCCAAACACCCGCUUCCUGUUUUGUUGUGCAAGACAAGAAUGUUGGAAAAGGCAAACUGUGGGAGGACAAAAUUGUUUCUUUUUCAUGUCUUUUACUUGUUUACCGCAAUACUGUGCCAUUAAACCUUUUAGGUAAAGCUGCUGUUUGUCUAGCAUAAGGUUUGUCUAGAUCUUCUGUGCCUUUUUUACCAUAUUUCACACUGUUUUAUGGAAAUAAAGCCUCUGUAUACCAAUA